CCACCAAACGUCUGCACCAAGACGUAGCAACAAGGUGGAACAGUACCUAUUAUAUGGUCGAGAGUUUACUGGAGCAGAAGCGGUCAAUUUCAGCAUAUGGAGCUGACCACGACCUGCCAGUUACCCUUACGGCUAACCAGUGGGCUUUACUGGAGAAAACAAUCACUGUUCUUGUACCAUUUGAAGAACUGACCAGACAGAUUAGCUCCUCCACCUCUUCUGCAGCUGAAGUCAUUCCCUCAGUCACAGUGCUGAAACGCCUGCUUGCUCGGGAGAACCAGGGGGACACAGGGAUAAAAACUAUGAAAACAACCCUUCUUGAGGCUGUCCAGAAAAGAUUCAAGACCAUCGAGAAUGAGCCCUUGUAUGCAGUUGCCACUCUUUUAGACCCAAGAUUCAAAGACAGAUACUUCACAAGUGCAGACAGCAUCAAACAUGCCAAGGAUGCUCUGACCCAAGAGGUGGAAAAGAUGGAGGUGUUACAGAGCAGGACCACACCUGAGGGAGCAGAGAGAGUGCCAGAAAACCCCCAUAAAGCCCCCCGUAUGGAAGCACAGCCGGACAGCAGCAGCAGCAGAAAGAGCAGCUUGAAAGGCCUGUUUGAGGAAAUCCUGCAGGAGCAUGAUGAGGAACGUGGGGCAAGCAGCACAAGCACGCAAGUUCAAAUACAGACAUAUUUGACAGAGCAAACGGUCCCACGCUCAGACAGCCCAUUCCAUUACUGGGGAGUCAACGCAAUUCGGUUUCCCACCCUGGCUGCCACUGCUGCAAAGUUUCUCUGUGCUCCUUGUACCAGUGUUGACAGUGAGAGACUGUUCAGUGCAGCGUCCAACAUUGUUGACGCAAGAAGGAACAGGCUAGGAGGAGAGAGGGCAGAAAUGCUUAUCUUCUUGAAGAAGAAUCUGCCUUUGCAUUUGAAAUUAUGAGCAAUACUAAAUUGCUAGAAAUGCUACUGCAAUGUGUAGCCUACUUGUUUUAAAGUAUUUUUUGUUUACUGUGUAGCUGCUGCUCUUUUGA